GAAGAGUUGGAUUUGUCGUCUGCUUCCCAGAUGUCUCCCCUUUCCUUAUAUGGUGAAAGCUCUCAUAGUCCCUCCUCAGUAGAGGCACUGAAAGAAGAUAAGCCCAUCAUUGGUCCUAGGAGCAAAACUGAAAAUGGACUGACUCCAAAGAAAAAAAUUCAGAUGAAUUCAAAACCUUCAAUUCAGCCCAAGCCAUUAUUGCUUCCAGCAGCACCCAAGACUCAGACAAAUUCUGGCGUUCCAGCGAAAACCAUCAUUAUUCAGACACUACCCACCCUUAUGCCGUUGGCAAAGCAGCAGCCGAUUAUCAGCAUACAUCCUGCACCCGCUAAAGGUCCGACCGUCAUGCUUUCUCAGCCUGCCGUUGUACAACUUCAGGCUCCUGGAGUUCUGCCCUCUUCUGCCCCAGUCCUUGCUGUCGCGGGGGGAGCCACACAGCUACCUAAUCACAUGGUGAAUGUGGUACCGGCCCCUGUGGCAAACAGCCCAGUGAAUGGAAAACUCUCAGUGACUAAACCUGUUCUACAAAGUACCAUGAGAAGCGUGGGCUCGGAU